AUGAUUAACAUCAAUCAGGCGGCGUUGGCCGUGAACGUUGUGCGAGUGGUCAGGGUGGACGUGCCGUCAGUGGUUCGGUCAUACGAUGCCAAACCCGAUCCGUCGACCACUGCGAUUGGCGGUGCACCUCCGCCGCUUUUGUUGGGCUGCGUGUACGCGUUGGAGGGUGGCGAGAACGACGACGAGAACGGCGAUGUGAUCGUUGCGACGAAACCAUCGCGGACGGUCAACGGGACCGCGUCCACGGCGAACGGCGCCCGGGACCGGCGGUCAUCGUCGCCGGCACCGGACCUGGCCAUGGACGAGGCCAUGGAGGAGGUGCAGCGGCUACGGGGUUUGGUGGUCAAGUGGUACUUCCGGCGUAACCCCAUACCGGUAGCACCCAACGACGCGAUGGCCAUCAUCAACGACAACGAGCAGGUGUAUCAGUGGAUAGCUGGCGGAGGGCCCGAGGCGGGCGGCGGGCUGGGUCCUCUCAGCGGAAGGACGGUCGACGUUACCGCAGAGACGCCACGCGCAGACCGGUCGUACUUGCACCGGGUCAUUCGGGUAGAGCGGCCCACCGCCGAGCUCACCGGCGAGUACAGGUGUCAAGUGGAGGACUGGAACUCUGAACGCCGAUCCGCCUGGCACCCCAUGGUCGUAUACACACCGGAACGAAUUUUCAAAAUAUCCGUGGACGAUAACGACGAUGAUGACGAAGAUGAUAUCGCAGAAGGCAGUGGCGGCGAUGUGAAUUUCACGACACCGGCAGAGCCGACGAGUAGCAGCGCCCCGUCGACUGGCCCGAAAAAGUGGCCGACUGAAAUCAACAUCACGUGCUACGCCGCCGGCAUGCAUCCCGAGCCGUCUAUGAGCAUUUGGGUGAAUGGAGUGUCACUGGAUUCCGUGAAGUCGGUGGUCACCGUGGACGAUGGGGACAAUGACGAGAGCAAUGAUGGCAUCGCCGCACAGACGACCACCGCGUCGAUGACGUCGACUACGACGACUACGACGACGACGACCACAGCCAAGCCAAAGGCUUACAGGAACAGGUACAGGGGUAACAGGGGUGGCGGCGGCGAAGAGGAGUACAAAAAGUACGCGGUGACCGCCACUAGCGUAGUGUCCCUGAAGGACGCCGAGGAGUACCGGAACAGCAAGCCGCAUCAGCACCAGCGCCGGCGGAACACCAUCGACGUGGAGUGUCGGUUGCGCGUGCCCGGCGACGGUGCCGGCAAUGGCCACUGGAAAGCUGACCGGCCGGCCGACCAUUACUACUCUGCCCGAAAGUCGGUGGCGUACAAGUACCGUAACGACUUGACGCCGCCCGGUGACGCGUUCGCCGCCGUGUCUUCAGCGUCGUCUGUAGCCGACGACGACGACGACGCCGACAACUACGAAAAUGGUGGUGGCCGCGUUGACAGCGAUGACGCCCUAAACUCCCAAAACUCCGACGACGACGCUACUUCCGGAGCCACUAGCGUCACACCGUCCUUCUCCGCCGUCGUCGUCCGAUUGAUGCAGACGAUCGCUGCUGUAGCCGUCGUUACCGCCACCGCCGCCGCCGCCCGACAUUAAACCACGUGAUGCGAAGACUUCGCUCCUGUCCCGA